AUGGACGCCGCUCAGAGAUCCUGGGAGAUAGAAAACUGUGUCAACCUGGUCGACCCCUAUCGCGAUGCCCUCUACACCUACGAUCCCGCCGCCUCCCAGGCACUCAUGUCCGCCAAGCCCUGGUCCAGGGACCCCCAUUAUUUCAAGUCCAUCCGCAUCUCCGCCGUCGCCCUUCUGAAAAUGGUCAUGCACGCCCGCUCUGGCGGCAGCCUCGAGGUCAUGGGCCUCAUGCAGGGCUACGUCUCCGCAAACACCUUCGUCGUCACCGACGCCUUCCGCCUGCCUGUCGAGGGCACCGAGACCAGAGUAAACGCCCAGGACGAGGCCAAUGAGUACAUGGUGUCGUACCUGCAGGCCUGUCGCGACUCGGGCAGGAUGGAGAACGCGAUCGGCUGGUAUCACAGCCACCCGGGCUACGGGUGCUGGCUUUCGGGGAUCGACGUCUCCACGCAGGAUACCCAGCAGACGUACAACGACCCUUUCGUCGCCGUCGUGAUCGAUCCCGACCGCACCAUAUCCGCGGGGAAGGUGGAGAUCGGAGCUUUCAGAACAUAUCCAAAGGAUUAUCAGCCGUCGAGGGCGGAGCACGACGACGACGGGUACCAGAGCAUACCGCUGCACAAGGUGGAGGACUUUGGCGCGCACGCGUCGCAGUACUACUCUCUCGAAGUCUCGCAUUUCAAAUCUACACUUGACACGAAGAUUCUCUCCCUUCUCUGGAAUAAGUACUGGGUGGCGACGAUAAGCCAGAGCCCUCUAUUUACGAAUCGCGACUACAUCACGAAGCAGAUGGCAGAUAUAAGCGAGAAAAUAAAAAAGGCCACCAGGGCCGUCGAAAGUAACGCCCAACGGGAAAAUACCUUGGUAACCAACGAUCAGCAGCUCGAGAAGGUUGUCAAGGCGGGGAAAAGAAUUGUCGGAGAGGAGUUGAACGGACUCAUGGCUGCUGAGAUUAAGAGAGAAUUGUUCCAAGGGGUUGGACCGCAGGCGGCGGGAAAGACGUGA